AUGUCCGACCCAUUGCAGCCGACGCCACCCGUUCAAACUGUUCAGCACCAAAUCCUGGACGUAGCGGCGGCUGCGGCCAAGAUUCGCGAGUUUAGAAGGAAAAUAGCCAAUGGCAUGACUCAAAUCAUCCCGGAUUUAUAUCUGGGCAGCCUGAGGGACGCUAGAGAUGAGGACCAGUUGAAAAGAUACAAAAUUAAGCGAGUUGUGUCCAUCCACAAGCACAAUUCGUACUGUCAAGUCCAUGAAGCUUUGGGCAUUAAUGUGCUUCAAAUCGAGAUCGACGACCUGGCUUCAUGCCCCAUUUCCGAGCACUUCCAACAGACAGUGCUUUUCAUACAUCAUUCUAGGAUUGCUAAAGAGCCCGUGCUCGUGCACUGUAUGGCCGGUGUAUCGCGUAGUGCCACAAUCGUUGCCGCCUACCUGUGCACAAUCACAAAAAUCUCCGCUUUCAACUCCCUCGCCCACAUCACAAACCUCCGCCCGGUGGUCAACCCGAAUUUCGGGUUCCGCCUCCAACUUGCCCAAUAUGCCGACAGGGAAGCUCAUCAUCGUUUUGAAUCAAUCAAGGACACUUGCGAUCAGGAAUUAUUUGACGCUCAAUUGGUGCUUGAUAAUGCUGCUCUGAAGCAUCGUAUGGGUUUCUGUGCGUGGAUGUUUGAGCGCAUUCCGCAGCCGCCAGUCUGCUUUUUAUCU